AAUCCAGCUUUCAAAGUCCCGUUUGAUUUUGCCCAUUUCAUCUUCGAGCAUCGGUUCAACGUGGUUAUAGAAAAGUUUUGUGAGAGUGAGGUGAAGUGUAAGGAAAAAAACCUAAAGCAACAAUGAAUGUGCCGCCGAAUACUGGAAUUUCCCGUGGGCGAGGACGCGGAACUAAGCGUGUGCCAGAGGCUAAUCGCGGGCUUGUGCCUCAGCUGGGCCAGUCCUCGCAAUCGUCGCACUCAGGUGGAGCAACUGGAGGAGCAGGAGGAGGUGAUGCUCCGGUCAAGGACUUGGACCCUAGCUUUGAAACUCUGAGAUCUGGAGAAACUGAGCUUCCAAGCAGCGAAGGCGAUCCUCGUGGCUCUGUACGUGGGCGCCGCCUCAUCACGGAUGUGGUUCAUUCCCGUCCCCAGGGACUGGCCACCAAGUGUGGAACGACUGGAACAAGGAUUACGGUGCAGACUAACUAUUUCAAAAUAGUCAAACGUCCCAACUGGACAAUAUACCAGUAUAGGGUGGACUUUUCACCUGACGUGGACAACACGCGUCUGCGUCGAGCCUUUCUGCAUGAACAUCGCAGCCUCUUGGGGGGCUACAUUUUUGAUGGGACAAUCUUGUUCUCCAGCAAUCAUUUCAAGGCUAAACCCAAUAGCACGAAUGUUUUGGAACUAGUUACACAGAGCCGAGCCGGCGAAAAUAUACAAAUCAAAAUUAAACAUGUUGGCUCGGUCGAGACUGCUGACAAUCAGCAGUUCCAAGUGCUAAAUCUGAUCUUGCGCAGAGCCAUGGAGGGUUUGAAUUUGCAGCUCGUGUCCCGUAAUUAUUUUGAUGCUAAAGCAAAGAUCAAUCUAGAGAACUACCGCAUGGAGCUCUGGCCUGGUUAUCAGACUUCGAUUCGCCAGCAUGAGGGCGACAUUUUGCUUUGUGCAGAGAUUGCACACAAGGUGAUGAGAACUGACACCUUGUACAACAUUUUAUCUGAGGUGGUUCGCGACAGUGAUGAUUAUCAAACUGCUUUCAAGCGUCAAGUAAUUGGUAUGGUGGUGUUAACCGACUAUAACAACAAGACUUAUCGCGUUGACGAUAUUGAUUUUAAUUCUUCGCCAUUGUCGAAAUUCGCCCAGAAGGAAGGCGAAAUCUCAUAUUGCGAUUACUAUAAGAAGCGCUACAACAUCACAAUUCGUGAUUUGAAGCAGCCUUUGGUUGUGUCGCGGCCCACCGAGAGGAACAUUCGUGGUGGCGAAGAUAAGUUGAUAAUGCUUAUUCCUGAGCUGGCUCGGGCUACCGGCAUGACGGAUAACAUGCGGUCUAACUUUCGAUUGAUGAAAGCCAUGAGCGAGCAUACACGUCUGACACCGGAUCGUCGUAUCGAACGUUUGCGCACAUUCAAUCAGCGCUUGAAAUCGUCCAAGGAGAGCAUGGAACUGAUGAAGUCUUGGCAAAUUGAGCUCGACACGGCCUUGGUGGAGAUCCCAGCUCGCGUUCUGCCACCGCAGAAUAUAUUGCUCGGAAAUAACAAGAAAUACUUGUGCGACAGCCGCGCAGAUUGGUCCAACGAGUUCCGAAACUCAUCAAUGUUCUCUCACGUGGAUAUCAAGAGGUGGUUGGUGAUUACUCCACGCCGUAGCAUCAACCAAACGCAGGACUUUGUGAGGAUGUGCAUUCGCGUGGCGCAAGGCAUGAGGAUGACUAUCUUGGAUCCGCGGUUUGACGAGAUAAACGAUGAUCGAAACGCAACCUAUUCACAGGCAAUCGACAAUGCAGCGGCCAAGGAUCCACAAAUCGUUAUGGUGGUCAUGAAUGCUCCGAAUGAGGAAAAGUAUAGCACCAUCAAGAAACGCGCUUGCGUGGACCGGCCGGUUCCGUCUCAAGUGGUUACUCUUAAGACCAUUGCACCUCGUCCAGAGAAAUCAGCUGGCCUGAUGUCGAUCGCCACAAAGGUGGUAAUACAAAUGAAUGCCAAACUAAUGGGCGCACCCUGGAUGGUGGAUUUACCGCUUCGUGGCCUAAUGACCGUAGGCUUUGAUGUCUGUCAUUCUCCGAAAAAUAAGAACAAAUCUUUUGGUGCCCUGGUGGCCACUAUGGACAUGAAGACGUCGACUCGGUACUUCUCCUCCGUGACGGAGCACAUGAAGGGUCAGGAGUUGUCCGACCAGAUGUCCAUCACCAUGACGUGCGCCCUAAAGGCAUACCGCGAGCAUCACGGUACCCUGCCCGAGCGUAUUCUCUUCUUCCGCGACGGCGUCGGCGAUGGCCAACUCCACCAGGUGGUGAACGCCGAGGUUAAGUUUCUAAAGGAAAAGCUGGAUGAAAUCUACAAGUCGGCUGGCAUGCAGGAUGGCUGUCGCAUGGCCUUUAUGGUGGUGGCGAAGCGCAUCAACACGCGCUACUUUUCCAACAAGCGUAAUCCAGUUCCGGGCACUGUGGUCGAUGACGUUAUAACCCUGCCGGAGCGUUACGAUUUCUUCUUGGUCUCGCAGUCAGUGAGACAGGGAACGGUGUCGCCCACCAACUACAAUGUCAUCCACGACAAUAUGGGCUUAAGUGCCGACAAGCUCCAAAUUUUGUCCUACAAGAUGACCCACAUGUAUUACAAUUACUCCGCCACUUGCCGCGUACCAGCUGUGUGCCAAUACGCUCAUAAGCUGGCCUUCUUGGUAGCGGAGAGCAUCAACCGUGCACCGGCUGCAGGCUUGAAUAAUCAACUAUACUUUCUUUAAAAAAAACUGACUAUUAAAUUUAUUGAAAAUGUAAUCACAAGGCUGAAGGGCCAACUGACAAUUUUAUGUUCCAACACAUUACAUGUAAUUCCUCAAAUGAAGUUUCAAUAAAUGACCUUUUUUAGUUUA